GUGGGUUUACCGGAAGUGCUCGGCGGCAUUGUACGAGCUUUUGCUGCGUGUGUGAUGUUCCCUGAGUGCGCUCGGGGGUUAGUAUUAAUAUUAUUUAAACAUUACUCACUUCUCCCUGAUGAGAUAAACGGAUUGGAUAAACGCGGGUUUGGAGGGGACCGGACUGCACGGCGGUGUGUGAGGUGUGAUGGAGUAAACGCGCUAGUUUGGGGCAGUGCUGUAGUUUCGGAGGAGUUUCCCCGCCGCUAUGCUAAGCUAACAUAAACAUCACCUCAGCGCUGCAGCUCGCGCCGCCAUUUUCCCGCUUUAGACCCCCGAUUAAACUCCACUCUGGGCCGAGGACACCGGGGCUACGGCCUGCUUUAGUUUCAGGACAUUACACAGGAGUGUGUGUGUGUGAGAGAGAGACAGUGAGAGAUUAGCGGGGCUGUGUAACUGACACAGAGUGACUCUGAGCCGGAAGCUGGUGUCGGUCUGUGUGUGUGUGUGUGUGUGUGUGUGUGUGUGAUGAUGAACGGGUUCAGCACGGAGGAGGAGAGCCCCGAGGGCCCGGGCCUGACCCCGCUGUUCCCGCAGAGCUGCUGCUGCCUGCUGGAGGGGGGGGAGCGCUGCGGCCGGGCCGCCGGAAACGCGUCAUUCAGCAAGCGGAUACAGAAGAGCAUCUCUCAGAAAAAACUCAAACUGGACAUCGACAAGAGUGUUCGACACCUUUACAUAUGCGACUUUCACAAAAACUUCAUCCAGAGCGUGCGCAACAAGCGGAAGAGGAAAACCAGCGAUGAUGGAGGAGAGUCUCCUGAUCACGACAUCGAAGUUCCAGAGGUGGAUCUGUUCCAGCUGCAGGUGAACACACUGCGCCGUUACAAACGACAUUACAAAAUCCAAACCAGACCCGGACUCAACAAAGCCCAGUUGGCAGAGACGGUGAGUCGUCAUUUCCGGAACAUUCCGGUAAACGAGAAGGAAACGCUGACCUACUUUAUUUAUAUGGUGAAGAGCAGUAAGAGUCGACUGGACCAGAAAUCAGAGGGAAGUAAACAGCUGGAGUAACAUACAGACGCCUUGAGAGGACACACACACACACACACACACACACCUCUGCUGACAUACUUAAAGACUGCUCACACUUUAGCAGACUUCAAUGUGAAUAUUAAUCAGUUAAUACACACACAUACACACGCACAGGCUCAGUAAUACGAUCAACACUGUGCCCAGAGCCUGUCUGUCUGUCUGCUUUUCUGUGUGUCUGUCUUUCAUUAACGACCCUGACGUACUCCUUGCUUCCUUAUGUCACUUCCUCCUGUCCAGUUUCGCGGCUGACCUGAGAUCAGUCUGAGUCGCUCAUGUGCUUCAUAUUAACGUUAAAAACAGUUCAGUAUAACCCUGAACACCGCCCACACUUCACAUGGACACAUUAUCUGCUUCAUUAAGUCUUUUGUCUCUUAGACAAAUUUAAUCUGUCUCCUGAUUUAGAGCUAAGUGACUCCACACAAACAAACACACACACACACACACCGGGCUGGAAGUUUCCACGUGAUAACUCACUGAACUUUUUUAUCCCCGUCAAUGAUACUGUUGCAGUGUUGUGUUUUAAAAUGAACCCAUCUCCUCCUGUAUCUCGCUCACUGGAUGCCAGUUUUAUAUUAAAUGGACUUCCUUAAAGGGGCGGGGCUACAGCUCUAUGUUUUUAAAUGUGAAAAUAAACACAUGAUACUUUA